CUCGGAAAUGUUCCGAAACACGUUUCAGAGUGGUUUCCUGUCUGUUUUGUUUAGUGUUGGAACGAAACCCUUACAAUUAUGGGACAAAAAGGUUCGUAACGGACACAUAAAACGGAUAACCGAUAGUGAUAUUCAAUCUCUUGUGCUCGAACUUUUGGGUAACAAUGUAUCCACGACUUACAUAUCAUGUCCCGCAGAUCCGAGGAAGUCUCUGGGCAUCAAACUACCUUUCCUUGUGCUUAUUGUCAAAAAUCUGAAAAAGUACUUCACUUUUGAGAUUCAAAUAUUGGACGAUGCUGGAAUCAAACGGCGCUUUCGUGCUAGUAACUAUCAGAGCACCACUCGCGUCAAGCCCUUCAUAUGCACAAUGCCUCUCCGACUGGAUGAAAAUUGGAACAAUGUGUUUUUUAAUGUUGCGGAUUUUACGAAAAGAGCCUAUGGAACGAAUUUUGUUGAAGUGCUGCGGAUUCAGGUCCAUGCAAACUGUCGAAUACGUCGAAUUUAUUUUUGUGACCGGCUUUACUCGGACGAUGAGCUUCCAGCAGAAUUCAAGCUAUAUUUGCCUGUCGAAUCCAAUCGAAGUGCUUAAGAUCAAGUGGAAUUACUGGCCGAUAUUGGUCUUCGAGUGUUUCACAUUCCUGUACAUAUACCUUUUUACUACCGCUGUAUUUUG